AUGAUCAGCUGGCCAGGCUACUACAGAGACGCUCCUCAGUUUAGACAAGUGGGCGACGGCUCCCAGUACAGCCUAGAGAUCCCACAAGUGAAACUCGACUUCACCGGAACCUACUGUGUGAUCGCCCGAAACACUCAUGGCGAGACCAAGGCGAUAAUAUCACUCCAGAUAUAUGCCAAAGGCCAAGGAAAAGAAUCGUCCAUGGUAUCUGGACAUGUAAAACAUGGUCAGGUGGAGACUCUGCCGGAAAUCAAGCGUGAGUUGAAGGACCUCCGUUGUUGUGACGGAGACGCUGUCACUUUGGAGUGUCUGGUGUCGGCCACACCACUGCCGUCCGUGCGCUGGGAGAAAGACGGCAAGAUUCUACCUUUAGGAGAAGACAUAGAGGCUGAGUUAGACGGAGAAGUCGCUAGGCUCAUUAUAAAGAAGGUUUACCCUGAAGAUGAGGGCCAGUACAGCUGUGUCGCUUAUAACGACCUAGGACGAGCUGUUACAACCGCUUGUCUUGUGGUUGAUGUUCCUGAAGAGAAAGAGACACUACUGAGUCAGCAGCUGACACGUCCUCCGGGGUUGUUGUCUGCCAGGUCGACACCCCGCUCUACCCCACGCAACACUCCCUCCCCCGCCAGGAGUCUCUCACCUACCCCCGCCAGAUACCGAGAGUUUUCUUCGCCGUCCUUCUCCAGACCCAAGCGAGUGAAGAUGUCAUCGCCCAAGUUCUACACAGUGCCUCACAACCGCAUUGCUGAGGAAGGAGAGACAGUUAGGUUCCAGUGUUCUGUGGCGGGUCACCCUACUCCUUGGGCCAGUUGGGAUAAGGAUGGCCACAUAGUGACCCCGUCGUCGCGUCUGAGCGUGACAGAACGUGAUGACUUGCGGACGCUGGAGCUGAGGGAAGUUACGGUGGAAGACGCAGGGCUCUAUAGAGUGACACUAGAGAACGAGAUGGGCAGCAUCGAGGCGACCGCUCGACUAGAUAUAAUUGGUCGCCAAGGGUCACGUACCAGGUCAGUACGAGCUUGGAGUGCUGUCAGGUCGUCGCCGACGUUUGGUCGUCGUCUGGUCGGCUCAGCUGCCAGGGUGGGAGGUACCUUCACACUCAACUGCGACGUUCAUGCUUCCCCCUCCCCUGUAACUUCUUGGUACAGGAACGGAGAGAUGUUGGUCAAGUCCUCCCGUGUCAUACCUACCUGGGAUGGACGGAGAGCCAAGCUGGAACUGCGUAGUUUGCAGCCUGAAGACGCAGGAGUGUACACGUGUGUGGCAGAGAACGCUGUCGGCACAACUCAGUGUUCUGCAGAGCUUAGAGUACUGCAGACAUCAGACCCUAGUGAUGCAGAUCUGCAGCCUCCAGUGUUCCUGCAGGGUCUGCCUCCAGAACAGACAGCAGCUGAAGGACAGCCCUUUGAGCUGCAAGUGCGACUUCAAGGUAGCAGCCCCCUGGAGGUGGUCUGGGUGAAGGACGGUGUGGAGGUGCCAGAUUGUCCUGACCUACGCCAUGUCGACUACGGAGAUGGCAGGUUCGGUCUCCGCAUCGCCGAUGUGUUUGUGGCCGAUGGAGGGAUAUACAACUGUGAGGCUUUCAACAAUCACGGAGACGCCAUUACCUCGGGUCACCUCAUAGUCAAUGACCUGAGUGGUGGCGAGGGUGGUAGCAGUGAGCCGGAGAUUGUAUUCACCAAAACACCAAGCCCUGUGUUGGCAAGACUGAGAGGGAAGGCUAGUUUCUGUGCUCGGUUACAGAGCCGACCCUUGUCUCAUACUUCUUUCAGUUGGACAGUUAACGGCCGAAGUGUCAACAGCGACGACAGGUUUACGGUUACAACAGAGGAUGACUGCAGUAUGCUGCACGUAGGGGAGGUCCACACUUGUGACAUGGGAGCUGUGACAUGCACGGCCAGAGUGUGCUCCCCUGGAGUUCCUCCGACCACAGUGUCGUGCGACACCACGCUGGGGCUGGACCCGUCUCCAGGGGCCCCCGCUGAGCUGCUGCGGGGCCCCAGCGACACCACAGCCAUGCGGGGCGACCGAGUGCUGCUCAAGGCGACGUACCGCGGUGAUCCUGAACCUUCUGUGCGCUGGCUUAAGGCGGGCCGAGAGCUGAGCUCCGAAGGUCGGGUGCAGAUAACUUCAAGAGACGGGGUAUCCUGUCUUACCAUCUCCGCCAUAGACGCAGAUGACAGUGGCAAGUACGUCGUCAGCGUAGAGAACAUUCAUGGUGCAGACUGCCACUUCGCCUCUGUAGCCGUGGAGGGUCCACCAGAAGCCCCCGCUGCACGUCCCAGUGUCUCCGCCGCGGGGCCGGGUUGUGUGACCGUGGCUUGGUCCAGCCCCGCCUAUGACGGAGGCUGCGUCAUCACCGGGUACAGUGUAGAGAUGAGGACCGCUCUGUCACACCAGUGGAAUGUGGUAGCUGACAGAUGCCACUCACUGUCACAUGUAGUCCGAGGACUGACUCCAGGACAGACUUAUCUGUUCAGGGUGAGAGCAGAGAACAUCCACGGAGCCAGUGAGAGCAGCGCUGAGUCCUUCCCCUUCACACUGCAGUUGCCCCACACAGGUUUGCGGGAAGACGAAGGUGAAGGAGAGGGAGAGGGAGAGACAGAGACAGUUGUAGAGGAGAGGUUGGUAGUCCCUCAACCUGGUGAUGAGUUCCUGGAACGCUACUCUGUACAUGAGGAGCUGGGCAAGGGCCGAUACGGGGUCGUCCACAAGGUAACGGAUCUGCGCACAGGCCACACGAUGGCUGCCAAGUUUGUACGCUGCAUCAAGAAGCAAGACAGAGAGAAAGUACAGGAGGAGAUAGACAUAAUGAACUGUCUGAGGCAUCCCAAGCUGCUGCAACUUGCUGCGGCCUUUGACAACCCCAAGGACAUGGUCAUGGUCAUGGAAUACAUCUCCGGAGGUGAGUUGUUUGAGAGAGUUGUGGCUGAUGACUUCACACUCACAGAGAGAGAUUGUAUACUGUUUCUGCGACAGAUCUGUGAAGGCGUCAGAUACAUGCACACCUGCCAAGUUGUUCAUCUAGACCUUAAGCCAGAGAACAUCAUGUGUCACACAAGGACGUCCCAUCGUGUCAAGAUCAUCGACUUCGGUCUCGCACAGAAGCUCCAGUCCAACACUCCGGUCCGAGUGUUGUUUGGAACUCCUGAGUUCAUUCCUCCUGAGAUCAUCAACUACGAACCCAUUGGUGUAGAGUCCGACAUGUGGUCUGUGGGGGUCAUCUGCUAUGUCCUACUGUCAGGGCUGUCACCCUUCAUGGGGGAUAACGACGCUGAGACAUUCGCCAACAUCACUCGGGCCGACUUCGACUUUGACGACGAAGCAUUCGAAGCCAUCUCCCAAGACGCUAAAGACUUCAUCAGUUCACUUCUUAUCAAGAGAAAAGAGAAGAGACUAACAGCAGAGGAAUGUCUAAAGCACAAGUGGCUCACACAAAGUGACACAACUAUGAACAGUGUCAAGCUGUGUACAGACAAACUCAAGAAGUUCAUCAUCAGGAGGAAGUGGCAGUCGCUGCCAAGAAACGAACGACAAAUAGCUUAAGACUCGACAUUGAGCCCGCCAAAGCGCCUUCUCCCACUUUACAAAAGGACGCUAAACUAUUCGGCAAAAGUGAGAACUUCCAAAAGGCCUUCGCUUUUUGGAAACAGUAAUACCAUGUACAAAGCCUUCGCAGUGCCCGUUGCCAAAGUUAUUGUUAAUGAAACAGAUUGUUCUAUACGGAUAGAAUAGUUGUGUUUUCAGUUUUAGUCUAUUGUUAUGCUUAUAGCCGAGUAAAUAUAGCUUUUAUCGUCAAUUGUUAUCAUAAUGAUAACUUAUUUCGUAUCAUUUAAUAUAUUGUAUCCUGUAUUGUUACUAUUAGCGUCAAUAAAUUAAAAUUUUAUUUAUUAAA